AUGUGGCCCUCCAUAUCAACGUUGCUCGCGCUGCCUAUCCUGGGCCUCAUCUCUAUCCCACUAAUUCUCUCAGCAUGGGUUACAAUCUCCGCUGCGCUCUUUGCACUGUUACUCAGACUAUCAGUAGUCUGUAUUGAACUAGUCUAUGGAUUGGUCAUGCAUUUUUUCUCAGUGCCAACCUCAUCUACCUCAUCAUUAUUGACAUUCGCGGCCUCAGAACCUACAACCCCAGCUACCGGUAGAUCAAGAAGGAACUCCAGCCAAACUACGACACAUCCACGAAAGGCAAAUGACCCUCUCAAUUCCUGGGGCAUUGGUACCAGCCUGGACGACCCCGCAAACCGAAAAAGGAACUCUUAUGCACGGAGCAUGAUCGAGGCCCACAACUUAUCUACCCAAACACCCGUCUACAGCCUACCUAUAAGCGGCGAUGAAAGACGAGACUUCGAAGGCGUAGGAGGCUGGCGCUCGUACCGGACAUCCAAAACACGCAGCUCACACACUCCACACGAGAAAGCCACAAGCUCGACUUCGUCCUCUUCAACACAUAGCACCGACGACAUCGAUCCAGACGCAGACAUCGACGCAGACGAACGAGCCUGGCUUUCUCUAAACAACCGUCUCGAGCUCCCCUCGCAGCUCGUCCCACUAUGCACAAGUGUCCACGCCGGAAGCACCCUUACCAGCCCCGAAAGCGCCGACUGGCGCAAUAGCCGAAGCAAUUUCCAAUCACGGACAGGAGCAACGGGUUCACGGGACAUCUACCCGGAGAAGCAAAAAGACGGGUCAAGACACCACCACCGUUCACUCACGACUUCCUCGCUGACGACCUCUGACCGAUGCACGGGAACGGGGCUCUCCAUAGCGCUGUCAACCAGGCCUGAUAACGUAGCUGUUCAUUCGAGGGAGUACGGCCAGUCGAUGUUAUCGUCGGCGGCACGAUUCACGGCCCCGUUCAUGACGCCGCAGCCGUACGCACGGCUGGAUUCGAACUCGCUUUCUCAGUCGCGGGCUCUCCCCCGCGCUCUCAACACUAGCGGCGCACCGUUCACGAGCUCAUAUCUCUCCAGCUUUGGGGAUGGGCUCGGACAGAGCUUUGGGAGCAAUAGUAGUGGUGGGAGCUUUGCUAACGGAGGCGGCGGUGGGUACUUUUCUUUGAGGCGGCCUGGAUCCUCUGGUAGCCAUAUUCUCUCUGGAAGAGUUAGCCCUAAUACUAGUGGGUAUACUACCCCGGCAGUUGGUCUGUCGACUGAAGAGCGUGACGCUUCCCCUGUGGGGCUUUCGCGGUUGAUGGCGCAUUAUCCCACUAGCCCUAGGCAUCGGAGACAAAGUAUCUCUGGGCUGAAUUCGAGGGGGCUGGCUGCUGGGGAUCGAACUAGAUGA